GGAAUGCCCUGUGAAACGAAAGAAAUGUUAUAAUUUAUUAACCGUGACGACAGAUUCAGAAUUCUAAUUAAUUUCAUUGUUUGUCUUUAAACGCUAUAUGCAGCUUUAAGUUAUGAAAGACGAACAAAAAUUUCCGGCCUACAUUACUUCCUUAUUGAGAAAACGAAAGUAGAAUUUUAAAACGAAAUCGAAUAAAGACUCGAUAUGGAAAGUUCAGUUUCAACAACUACCGGUAGUGACGCUUUGUAUGAUACACCCUGGAGGGAUAAAUCAGUCAAAUGGUAUCCAAGGAAAACAAACGUCCGCUUCAAACCGAAUGAAGAUUUCAUCACAAAUUUUGAGCAGAUUAUUAAAUUGUUCUUUGGAAAAAGGGAAGGCAAAGCUAUUGGACUAUUUGUGGCGGGACUUUUAUGGUCUUCAUUAGGACUGACCCGUCUUGGCAGUCUUCUUGAAAUAAUUGGUUUUCUGUCGCUAUUUAGAGGAGCGACCAUAUUGCGUCUUUUGAAGAGAGUCCGGGCUUUGCAACCAGUGUUUGACUCACCGAUACUGAAACAGCUCAUCCAGAAUAUUGGAGAGGAAAAGACGAGAGAUUCGCUCAAGCUGGAGAUUGAGAAUUAUGAACCUCUACAAGAUCUGCUUAAUGGUGAGGUACACUUUCCUCGUGCAAAUGUAUUACUGAUGGGUCCGAUUGGCGUAGGAAAGUCGAGCUUUUUUAACACCAUUAAUUCCAUCUUCCGAGGUAAAAUAUUCAAUAUUGCCAGAAGUGGAAGCUCGGAGCACAGUUUGACUACCAAGUUCCGGCGCUAUCCGGUCAUUUCUAGCAGCAGCAAUAAGGAGAUGAUGUUUUGUUUGUGCGAUGCAAUGGGGCUUGAACCAAAUCAUCUCAUGGCAAAAGAAAAUAUGAAGUACUUACUGGAGGGCCACAUACAGGAUAAGUUUCUGUUGGAUCCUAGUGGUUCAAUUUCUCCGGAUAUACCUGGUUUCAAGAAAAGACCAAUAUUAGAAGACCAGAUACACUGUGUUGCCAUAGUAUUAGACGCUAGCACAGUAGAUGCUGCAGACGCAAUUAAGGAUACGAUACAGAAUAUUAAAGAGAUGCAGACUGUGAUGAAUAGUAUGGAUGUUCCCCAGGUAGUCAUAUUGACCUGUAUUGACAAGGUGUGUAAACAGACAAAAAUUGAUGCAUCAAAUGCUUUGAAAAGCAAGCUGAUAGACAGAACUGUUGGAAAGGUUUCGGAGAUGUUAGGCUUGCCACAGCACAAUAUAUUCCCAGUGAAGAAUUACGAGAAAGAGUGUGAACUAGAUCCAAAUAUAGACAUUCUGACUCUACUUGCGUUAAAGGGUAUACUGAAUAACGCUGAUGCCUUCCUUUUCAUGCAUCGAGAUGAAAUAGUGCAGGGUUAUUCAUCGUAGUCAUGGCAAUAGGUCACCAAAAUAAAGAGUUUACAGAUGAAGCACAGCUGCGGAAUAUCGAAAAAAAUGUCUUAAUAUUUUAGAUUUUACGGAUAAUUUAGAAACGAUUCGUUUUAAAUGGUUCGAAAUAAAACAGUGCAUUGCCAUC